AAAUCCGCCGCCAGGGAACACAAACAAUGGACGUUCCACUGCCGGGCGGCGGCGGCGAGGUUUCGGAGGACUACUCCCCGGCGGCCACCGUGGUGCCCUUCGACCCGCCCCUCCCUCUGCUUCGCGCGCCGGUCCCUUCCUCUUCCUCCUCCGCCUCCACCGAGCCCCCCGUCCUCGCCUUCCGCGACGCCGCGAGCUGGCGCGCCGCCUGGGAGGCCGCCGAGGCCAGCCUCUUCUCCCAGUGCGAGGCUGGUGCACGCUCCGGCUGUUCAAUCGCUGCAACACGAAAAUGCAAGCCCCCCUGGUGGAAAGGUUUGUUUGGAGGUGCAACAACCAACUAUCAAGAAAGAGAAGAAUGCGAAGAACGAGAAAUGGCUUCUUGUCUUGAAUCAGCAAAGGAGGCUUGCAUUAAGUUUUCAAAGCAAAAAUGUAAUGCACCAUUCCAGGAUGCAAGGAUUGCCUCUGAUGGCCUCCUUGAAAAUACAGAUUUUGUUGUCUGGGAUGCUGGGCGUAACAAGACAGCAUCAGCAUCCUUGUCUGUUGCAGACAGCCGCUACUCAUCCAAUCCUGGGCUUGGUGGCACAAACUACAAAGGAAGUGACUUGCUAGACAGCUUAGCAUCUGAAGGCAAUAGCAACUCAGGGCGAUGACUUAUCAAAGGCACCACUGUGGUCAGCGCUCAGGAGACCGCACAUAUUAUUUGGAGCUGGAUUCAUCAUCAAUGAAAUAAUGGUAUGGCAUUGUCGAGGCUUGUGUUAUGUUAUUUGGUUUUCUGUUGCUACAGUUGGCUCCGUGGCAAGAAAAAUAGUGAAUGGACAACUAAUUGAUAGAAGAAGACUGCGGCUGCGAGGCUUGAGAUUGAAUGGCUAGCAUUCUGAAGUUUCGCGAGACCAAGAAGAUUAAGAAUAUUUGGAUAUUGUUUCCUGCUACUGUCUUGGCCGUUUCUGUUGAUUUUGAUGCUGGGCAAAGGCGACACAAGAUGCAAAAGGUGUACAUCAAAUGCAUAAGUGGUGUAAUGUGUAGCAGUAGCAGUAUCAGUGAAUAUGUAGUAUAUGUUGAUCAUUGGUUGCUGUAAAUAAAUCAUGCCCAGCUGAAGAUGAAAACUACACUAUCCAAGUGCCCAUCUGGUUGUUUUAUCUUUCAGAAAAGAUGCCCAAAUACCUAAGACAACAUUAUGAAACAACUGUGGCUACACUUGCCACUUGCUAGUCA